UGUUAUUCGAGAGAAAAAUAUACCCAACAGUAUUCGCUCAUUAACCAAACUAAAUAAUGGUGGGUCAUUAUAUAUAUUUAAUAUAUGUUAUGAUAUAAGAACUCAUAUAAAUAUAUUGAUUGCAGAUUUUGAUUAUCAAUUAAGAAAUUUUGGGUUUAAAGUUUGUCAUAUGCAAAAGUUACCAAAAUUUUAGGCUAAAAUAUUUUAAUUAAAAUUUAAUCGAACUGUUCCUUAAAAAAAAUCUGUCGUAGGUACGUUGACACGCAAUAACCUUUUCAAACCGUUGGACCGCCACAUGUCGUAAGGACAAGCCACACUCCACCACGUGCCAUCACCCCAUCCCACGUGUUACAAUCUCCUCUUCACCUCUCCCUUUAAAUACACCGGUGUACUCUGGGAUGAUUCACUUCGAUUCCGAAGCUCCAAUCAGCCAUGAGCAAGAAUGAACAACCCCGCCGCCGCUCCGACCAUCUGGAUGAACCCAUCAAGUAUGGUGACGUUUUCCCGGUCCAAGGAGACCUUGCCGGUGAACCCAUCCGACCUCGCGACGCCGCGUUGAUGCAGACCGCCGAGAACAAGAUCACCGGCAAGACCCAAAAAGACGGCGCUGCCGCCGUCAUGCAGUCCGCUGCCACCUUUAAUGAGCGCGCCGGCCUUGUCGGCCACGACGACUUCACCGACGACGCAGCCAUUCGAGGAGUCACCGUUACUGAAACUGAGGCUCCUGGCUGCCGCAUAGUUCGCGAGAGGGUUGCCGGCCAGACCGUCGUUAAUUUCACAGUUCCGACGGCGACGCCGGCGGAAGAGGAUGUCCCUGGCGAGAAAAUAACUAUGGGAGAAGCAUUGGAGGCGGCAGGGCUUUCGCAGAGCGACAGGCCAGUGGAACAGAGUGAUGCGGCGGCGAUACAGGCGGCGGAGGUGAGGGCGAUCAAAAUGACGGCACCGAGAGGGGUGGCCGCGGCGGCUCAGUCGGCGGCCGAGAUAAAUGCUAGGAUUGCGAGGGAGGAGGAUAAGAUUACGGUUGGUGACGUGCUUAACAAUGCGACGGCGAAGCUGGCGCCGGACAAAGAGGUGACCAGGGAAGACGCUGAAGCAGUAAUGGGAGCUGAACUAAGGAAUAGGCCCGAUUUGAGGACGGUGCCGGGCGGUGUCGCCGACUCUGUCACGGCGGCUGCGCGGCUCAACGAGAAAAUGAGUAGAGCUUAAUUUUAUUUUUUUCCUGUGAAGUGGAAAAAGAAAAUAUUUUCUAGUUACAUGUUUUGGGCUACUUGGAAUGAAGAAUAAUUGUUGCUUUGCUAUGGAGAGAACGUUCAUAUGAGUAAAUAAUGACAAUCAACAGUAUAUCCAUGUUUUAAUUGAA